AUGGGAACGGACUUGGGAACUUGCCUUGCUGCUAUCGCACCGGUGACUGGCAUUAUCGCAGGCCCUCUGACUUGCCACGAAUGCCAGCCAUACCGAUGGGACGAACAGGGCCGCUGGAUCGUGCACCGGUACGCCGACGCGCGACCUGUGACUCGGCUCUGGGGAUAUCGCGGGAAUUUGUUUCCCGACGACCUGAAAGCUGGUGACGUAAACUGUCGCUAUUCCGCCAUGGUCACAGUUGAGACGGACGGCCGCUGCGCCGCGCUCCUGCGGUACGGCGCAAAAUCCGUCGAGCAGCUCUUGAUGCUCAACCCCGGCCUUGGCGGCGACUGCACCAAGAUAAAGUACAACACGCCUUAUUGCACCGAGGGUUUCUUAGAGCCGCUGCGGGCGCAGGAUGGCCGCUGCGGCCCUCUCCAUAAGAACGCGACGUGUCUCGGCGUUGCCCGCGGCCAGUGCUGCAACUCGGAAACCUGGAGGUGCGGCCAGUUGGAGUGA